UGGGAAAGACCAGAACCGCCACCCGAAUAAAGCAGAAGGUGAAGGGAAAGAAGAGUCACAAUAAGUCGGAAGACUUGACUCGCUUGACGGAACAAUACAAUGUCUUCACCAAAAGACUCCAAGGACUUGUUUCGGUACGUGCAAAAGCUUCAKAAUGYAAUCCCUCAAAUUUCCACUAYAAUGGAYGGAUSUMGGUCAUUUCACUAACUUUUUUCAAUUUAUGUAAUCUCCAACUUGCUUUCGAUUUCCAUGCACCAAAAACAAACAUUCAUAGGCAUUGGUAAACCAGCACGUUGCGAUGCAGCAAUUGGCAAAGGCGAAAUUUCAGGUGGCUCAGCACCUCGCAAUUUUAUCGAAAGAAACAGUCCUAUUUGAAACGACAGGGCAGACAUCUGGGGCCGAUCGUCCUUCCGAUUCCGUMAAUUCAUAUUUUUCGGUCCAGGAGGGAGUUGCUAACAAGACAAAAAUGUACGCGGACAAAUACAAACAGUACGUCGUCGACUACGCACAGGAGUGGUACAAAACAAUCACCGAUCGAGUGGGAGAAGACCUUAAAAAGGCGGAAAAGAUCCGACUCGAAUUGGAUCACUAUCAAAGCAAAGUAGAGAGUUUGCGACAGAGUGCCAAUGCCACGAUGGCCAAAGGAAAACAGGUCGACGGAAAGGCCAGCGAAAAAUUGACCCGCAACGAGGACAAACUCAUCAAAAUCAAAGAGACAAGCUCGAAAUUCAUCAACGAUCUGUGCUUGCUAAUGGAAGAAAUUACGGAGCGUUCCUGGCGUGACCUCCAUCCACUCUUGAUCAAAUGCUCCCAAUUCGAGACACAAGUCAGCGGCGACUUAGCCAAGGCCAUGGCGUCAUUGAACCAGGUUGUUUCCGCACUGAAGAAGAUAGCUAGUGAUAAUGGGAUCAAAGAGCAGCACAGGUUGAAGGAUUUGGGAACUCUAGAUCCUCAUGUUUUGUCCACCCGAUCGAAGGAUGAUGGCCGGAACUCUGCUAUUGAAAACGGGUUUUCAGGCUUGGCACUGGGCAGCAGCGCUAGUUUGAGUAUCAUCAGCRCAGGAACCGGGGACAAUGAUUCACAAUAUUUUCCUCCAGGAAGUACGAGUGGGCAGGGUUUGGGCGGAUUUCCCGUGCGGAUCCAACCGGAGGCGUCGAAUGGUCCUGAUCAGUCGACGGCUUCUGCUGCGACCAAUGCCGCACCCUCGACGAUGUCAAUGAUGAACAUCAAUGCUGCUCCGGCACCGACAAUGGACACGAUGGCCCAAGCCUUUGGCAAAAAUGCGGGUGCGCUUAACGGAGGUAUUUUUGGCACCGCACCGAAUUCCGGAAAUUCCUUYGGCGCUCCAGCGCCACCGCCGAGCUCAGCUCCUCCGCCGCCACCGCCACCAACACCCCCAUCGACUUCCUUUGGAGGUGGGUACAAUGGCUUUGGURCAGCGUCCCCAGCCCCAACACCCAAUUCAUACGGAGCUGCACCACAGUAUGGAGCCCCGUCUCCGGCGGCUCCUUCCCCUAUGAUGGGUGGCGCCUACGGCAGCGGUUAUACACAACAGCCACCGACACCACAGAGCACUGCUGGRAGUUUUUCGCAGCAGCCCUCACCAAUGGCGACCGGAGCAAAUUAUGCCCAGSARCACUCCCAAAUGGGGCCUGGCGGAGUGAAUUACGCCCAGCAGCACUCCUCAAUGGCAGCUGGUGGAGCGAAUUUCUCCCAACAGCCAUCGAUGUAUUCCAAUCAACAAUACGGGCGUUCAGCACCAUMUUACGGAAGMGGCACAAACCCUGCCAACCCUUUUGGAUAAAAAAGAAUGUAGCAAUAUAUGCUACACAGCUCUUGCGCACGGGGUUUUCUUGUUUGACUCUUGAUAGUCAAAUUGGGUUCCGAGAAUUUCGUCAACAUCUUCCUCUAGCUUCGUAGUAKCUACCAUUCAUUUUCACUAUCACCACCACUUUAAUAUAAUGACGGCAGAUGU